UUUGUAGGACUAAAAGAAAAAAAGGAAACUGGCCGUUCAGAUCAAUUUGGAACAACAAGACCUUUAUAUUUUACAUCAGCAGCAGAACCUUUAAUUAUUGAAACACCGCUUGAACGAAAAAUAAGUAGAGCUAAAAUUGAAUUACAACAACAACAACAACAACAACAAAUGGUCGCUAUUUCGGAUACUAAUAAUUCUGAUAAACAAUUAAAUAACAAUGGAAACAAUAAAGAAAAGGGGAUUACUGAAAGUAUACUUUCUUAUCCCAAAGGUGUUUUCUUUAUGUUAGGAAAUGAAUUUUGUGAACGUUUUUCUUUUUAUGGAAUGAGGGCAAUUCUUAUUAUUUAUCUAACUACUGAUUAUCAAUUAUCAGAAAAGUAA